AUGCGCGUCUCCGAAAACCUAUCCACCUGCUCCCCCGAAGAAGCAUGCAUGAAUGGGCUGGAUGAUGACUCGGAAACCUACCCGGAGGGCGGUCGCGAUGCGUGGCUAGUUGUGGUGGGUGCAUGGUGUGCCAUGUUCUCAUGUAUGGGACUCCUCAAUACCUUGGCUGUCCUCCAAGCCUGGAUCACCGAACACGAGCUUCACGGUCUCCCAGAGUCGACGAUAGGCUGGGUCUUCAGCACUUAUGCUUUCUUCUUGUACUUCUGUGGCGCACAAGUCGGCCCUCUCUUUGAUGCAUACAAGCAAACUGACAGCGCCCGAGUAGAGUUCUACCAGUUCUUUCUGACAUUUGGAGUUAUUGGUGGCAUAUCAGCCUCGUUACUUUUCAAUCCGAGCAUCGCGUCCAUCGGUCAUUGGUUCUGUAAGCGCCGUGGUAUAGCCACCGGUAUAGCUUGCACGGCCGGAGGAGUCGGCGGGGUUGUCUUCCCUCUGAUCAUUCUAUACAUGGCCCCGAAGCAAGGUUUCCCGUGGGCUAUCAGGACCGUAGGCUUCAUUUGCGCUGCCGCGUCUGUAUUGGCAUGUUCGCUUUUGCGGAAAAGGCUACCACCGAACAGAAAGGGUGGCGGCUCCAUCGACCUGAAAGCUUUGACAGAGGGUGUCGAUCUGCAACGAGCCUUGCUUCUGAACGCUCUCCUCAACGUCGGCGCCAUACCAGGCCGCGGCCUCCCGGGCUAUGUGGCAGAUCGAUUUGGAUGUUUCAACGUCAUGUGUAUCACCACGCUGAUAUGCUCCGCAUUCAUUCUUGGGCUUUGGCUGACAACAAAUGAAGGAAGAGAGGCACCUAUAACGGCAUUUGCGGUCCUCUAUGGCUUCUGGUCAGGCGCUGCCAUCAGCCGGACGCCCGUAUGCGUGGGGCAGGUUUGCAAGACGGAGGAUUAUGGAAAGAGGAGCGGCACGGCGUUCUUCGUCUCUAGUUUAGCCGCCCUCGUUGGCGUGCCGUUCGCCGGGGCCAUCCUACAAUGGUCGGGCGGUGCCUAUCAUGGGCUCAUUCUUUUCGCUGGAGGGUUGUACAUAUUAGCAUUCUGUGCAUUCGCAGUUGCUAGAGGAGUGGCUGGUGGCUGA